CCCUACCCGUUUAUAUAUGAUGGAUCUUAUGUAUUCUUAAAGUUUUCACAUAAAAUUGAAUAGAUUGUGUAAUAAUUAUGUGGCAACUAUUAAGGUUUUGUAGAGUCGUAUGUAUUAGAGAAUACUUGUAUAGAACCAUUCACGGUACUCGAGGACACACCAUUGUUUGAUCACUUGAUGUGAUAUCCCACACGACAACCAAACUUGAAGCUUUUGUGAUUCAAAAAACCACCCGAUUACCAAAACCCCAUAAAAAGACACACAUUCACACACACUCACUCUCUCUUCCCCAAUCAUGCUUAUUAUUCUCCUAUUCCUCCUCCUGUUAACAUGCCACCCCCGUCAUGUCACCACCAACAACCACCUGCAACCACAAGAUACCAUGGAUCCAUCGGAGCUACAAACCCUCUACAGUAUAAUGGAAACACUCUCUCUCGACCAAAAAUGGAGACUCAACUAUCCAAACCCAUGUAAACCUUCCGCUUCUUGGGUUGGAAUUGAAUGCAAACGAGGUGUUACAGACUCUCAUCUUCAUGUCACACGACUUGAUUUUGUGUUUCACCAAAACCAAAACAACACUUUCUGUGUCAAAGAACAGAACUGGAAGUCCUGGACCUUCUUCCCUGCAGCAAUUCUUACCAUAUCACAAACCAGAAUCUCCGGCAGGAUCCCGCCGGAGAUCUCGCAGUUGAGUUCGCUUGUUCAUCUUGACUUGAGUUAUAACCAGCUCACUGGGGCUAUACCUGUUGAACUGUGCAAGCUCAGGAACCUAGUGGGACUUGAUCUGAGCUAUAACUCGCUUACGGGUCCAGUCCCCAACGCAAUUGGGCAACUGGGUAUGCUUCAAAAACUAGACUUUAGCUCGAAUUUACUCACUGGAAGUGUUCCGAACAGCGUUGAGAAACUCACUUCUUUGGUGUUCAUGGCACUGAGCAACAAUGGAUUUCAUGGAAAACCGCCGGUUGGAUUAGCGAAUUUGAAGGGAUUGGAGUAUUUGAUCAUGGACAACAACCCAAUGUCUACCGAACUUCCGACGGAGUUCGGCCAUCUCCCUAAGCUACAAGAGCUCAGACUUGCCGACUCCGGCUACUCCGGCGAAAUUCCGGCCAUCUUUUCACAGUUAUCGAAUCUAACCACAUUGUCGUUACAAAACAACCGAUUAACCGGAAAUAUUCCGCUGGGUUUAGGAAAUCUUUCACAUAUUUAUCACCUGAAUUUGAGCAAGAACUGGUUGAGUGGAGAGAUUCCCUUUGAUUCUGGUUUCUUGAAGAGACUGGGGAAGAAUUUGGAUUUAAGUGGGAAUGGGCAGUUGUGUUUGAAUCCGUUGCAAGCAUAUGAUUCUGUGAAGCUUGGAGUUGAUGUGUGUAAUAGAAGCAACGCACGUGUAGGUAAUAGCAGUUCUAGGAUUCAGCCAUUGAAGAAAUCUGAAGGUCGAGUAGUCGAAUUUAGUAGGCCAGCUUUAUUCUUUGUGUUUCUUGGUUUGGGUUGUGUUGGAAUUUGA